GUACCAAACGAAAUAAAAUGGUUUUUGAAGAAAUAGCAAAAAAAAAGUCAGAAAAUGGUGUUUCAAGAACUGCAAAACAGUGUAGAAUAAAACUGAAGGCGUUGAAGACUGAUUAUAAAAAAAUUAUAGACCACAAUAAUCGUUCUGGGCGGGAGAGGAGAACGUUGAAGUUUUUUGAAGAUAUGGAUCGGGUUUUGCGGGAUAACCCUAGCUGCCACCCAGCAUUUGUUUUUGAUUCAUCAUCAGAGAUUGACGUUACCGGCGAAGACGUUUCGUCGCCCGAGAGCGAUAUGGAAAAUCCUAACGAAGAGUCGACUGUGGAAGUGUGCUCGCCCGGAUGUUCAGUCUCUGCAGCGACCUCAGGAGGAGAAGAGAGUAGCUGCAGCGCCAGUAAUUCAGGUGCAUUACAAACAGGAGAGACUGUGGAUCAAGGAAGCCGUAACCCAACUGCUAGACAUGCUGGUCGAACCAAGAAAAGAAAAUUGGACCAAAUGCGGUCCUUGAUGGAUGAAUGGGGCCAAAGGUUCAUUAGUGCUUCCUCAAAAGAGUUCGAAGAAUUGAUGAGGAGGGAACAACUUAGAGAUGAAGAGGAAUGACAGGAAAGGGAGUGCAGGAUGUCUCUUAUGAGGGCCCUAACGAACUCCCUGCAGGCACAAACACAACAUAGCUACCAUCACACAUCACAAAACAUGUAUUUGAAUGCACAACCACCGCACAUCCACUCACACACAUCACGCCUUCAAUAUAUGCCAACCAAUCAACAUCAACCAGCUUACUCUAGUUAUGAAGCCACUACUUCAGCUCCACAUAUCAACACACCAGACUCAUUUUAUUGCCAGUUAGAAGAAGAGUAAAACUUUUAUAGUAGUAGAUCUCUAACCUGUUCAGGAAAUUACUCUAGGAAAAUGGCUUUCUAUUUCUCUUCUGGAUAAUUUAUUUCUUGUUCUAUUUUUCUUCUGGAUAAUUUAUGAAUAAUUGUUUAUAUUGAAUUGUUAUGUUAAGUCAAUACAUAAACAUAAUACAAAAUGUACUGUAAGUGCCUAAUGCCUAAACAUUAAUAUUGUCAUCACAUGGAAAUCAAAUAAAGAUGUUAUGAA